CAACUUUCACCUUUCACUUUUUUCUUUCCCCACUACUACGCCUGAACAAUACGACACCGUUCCCCACUUCCGGGCCCAUUCAAGCAAAUAGAAAAAUUGAAGAGGCCGGUGACAACACCAUCGUCGUCGCCGUCUUCGUCAUCGCAAUCAACCAUUUGCUUCCUCUUCGUUGCUCCUUCUUCUUCGGCCCGCCCGUCUGGAUCCAGCCCGACCUUUCACCCCUCGACCUUUCGUCACAAAGGCCGAACAUCGAAAGGGAAGAUCGAGAGUAUCUCCACCGCCUGGUAAAUCGAGAGAGGCAGAGAAUUCAGGCUGCAACAAGGAGACGACAUCGGUCGUGUCAAUCACGGUGUUCACAGUCCGGUCAAAAUUUGUGUUGAUCUUCACUCAACCAUUGAGACUCACGACAGCAGAUUACUCCCCAGGUAUCUGUAUCCAUGUCAGUCCUCGCGCGUUACGAUCCAAUCGAUGGCUUCUGUGAGCUGCGCCAUCAGAACUUGCAGCCCUCAUCAGUUGACGUUAGUGAUCUCCUGGAGACCCUAUCUGAGAGCUUUUCUGAGGGCAUUGAGAUAUGCGAGCGCAACAUUUACAGUGACCUGACUAACACUGAGUCCGAUUAUCACUCUCGGAAGGCAGUACCAUCCAAGAUAUCCUUCGGCGUCGAUUCAGACGCCGGUCCAGAUAAUUCUGAAUCUGUCCUUACAGCUCCGGCAUCACCAACACAUCCACCAUUCGUGUUUCCCGCAUCAGGGGAGAUCUUUAUUCCUGACUUUCUACACAGUCAUAUGCAUGAUCCAGAGAUGCCGCGAGUUAAUAAAAGUAGAUUGGAGAGCUUGUUCAAAGGUGUGGACCACGCGCUGAAGCAACUGAGAGCAGCGAGACAAGUCUUGAACUCGUUCACUCCUUUCAUUACGCCCUUGGAUGUGAACUCUGUAGCGGACGGAGCUGUAGACAGGGAGAGCUACUCCGAUCAUCCGCCAAGCAAAAUCGGACAGUGGCCCGACCUCGCGGCCAUUGAUGUUCAGCUGAAAGAUGGCACCAUCGAUACCAGGCGAAUUCAUGGUGCAUGUCUCACGUCUCGAGAUCGUGACGUCCUCAGCUACGGCGUACACAGACACAUUGGAUUCACCUCUCAACUCAUCUGCUACUCUCGCAAGUACCUCACCACCCUCCCAACAAACUCGAUGGUCAACCUCGCCAUGUCUCCGAUGCUCAUCCUCGAGGACUUCUGGAUCGCCAGCGGACGCAUCUGGAGCGAUGGCGAUCGGACUCUCCUCACCGAAGCGCUUAAACUGGACCCAACUGGUAUUGAUCGUCCUCACCCUGACAACCGAAGGGACGAUCUUGGCGGAGUGUAUCGAUUCUUAAGAACCAAAUGCAGAAAGACGCGCAGCGCAAUUGAGGCAGAAGAUCUCCUCCUCAAGAAAUCGCAGACAGUCUACAACGAAAUUGUCAAGGAUCUCAAGGAAGAGCGUCUGCGCUACGAAGUCCGCGAGGCGAAAUACGCUCCUCUCACCAAUCCUCCACCUCCACGCACCCAUGAUGAGGACGACGAUGUCGACUGGGAAUUAGACGAGAGGAUCAAUCCUGACAUCUACGCUCUGGAGGAUGCUAGAAGAGCUGCUAUCGAGAGAAUCACAGGCGGAAUCGUAGAUCCGCAUGAGGUUGAUUGGGAGACGGAUUACCGCGUCAGUGGUCACUUGUGGGAGGAUUCUGACGUCGACAUUCGAGACGAUGAUGAGGAUGAUGGUGAUGAUUGGGAUGAUGAUAUGGACGAUGAGGACUAAAGCGAGCAGUGUGUCGACCGAUCUUGGGUAGAUUCUUUGAAUUUAAUCGCCUGCUUCUACGGGA